CCCUGCCCCAUAGACCAGACUGCAAUCUGUGGCUACUCGAACACGCUGAUAUACUGAAUCACACCAUCGGUAGCAAGACAGGAGUGUUUACUCCACAUCUCACAUCCAUGGCGCUGUGUAACGGGGAUAGCAAGCUGGAUAUCGUUGGAGAGCCUAAAGAUGGUUUAUGUUCCUAUGAGGGUGCCGUGGCGAUCCUGGAUGCAGGUGCACAAUAUGGGAAGGUGAUUGACAGGCGGGUGCGAGAGCUUUUUGUCCAGUCAGAGAUUUUGCCUUUGGAGACACCAGCCUUCGCCAUCAGAGAACAGGGUUUCAGGGCCAUUAUUAUAUCUGGAGGGCCAAACUCUGUCUAUGCUGAGGAUGCACCUUGGUUUGACCCAGCCAUAUUUACCAUCGGAAAACCAGUUCUUGGAAUCUGCUAUGGAAUGCAGAUGAUGAAUAAAGUUUUUGGUGGCACAGUGCACAGAAAGAGCGUGAGGGAGGAUGGUGUUUUUAACAUUGUGUUGGACAACUCCUGUUCUCUUUUCAGGGGAUUGCAGAAGGAAGAACCCGUUCUGCUGACACAUGGUGACAGUGUCGACAAAGUAGCAGAUGGAUUCAAAGUUGUCGCCCAGUCUGGAAACAUUAUUGCAGGCAUUGCUAAUGAGCAGAAAAAAUUGUACGGGACUCAGUUUCAUCCAGAGGUGGAUCUGACCGAAAGAGGGAUGGACAUGCUCCGCAGUUUCCUGUUUGAGAUUGCUGGCUGCAGCAGUAACUUUACUGUACAGAACCGUGAACUGAACUGCAUCAGGGAGAUCAGAGAGAAAGUGGACAAAUCCAAAGUUCUGGUGUUAUUGAGUGGUGGUGUAGAUUCCACUGUAUGCACAGCCCUGCUGAAUAAAGCCCUGAAUCAGGAGCAAGUGAUUGCUGUUCACAUCGAUAAUGGCUUUAUGAGAAAGCGAGAGAGUCAGAGUGUUGAAGAAGCAUUGACUAAACUUGGCAUCAAUCUCAAAGUGGUAAAUGCAGCACACACCUUCUACAAUGGCACAACGACCCUGCCAAUAUCAGAGGAGGACCGCACACCCAGGAAACGCAUCAGCAAGACGCUCAACAUGACCACAAAUCCAGAGGAGAAGAGAAAGAUCAUUGGGGAUACGUUUGUAAAAGUGGCCAAUGAGGUGAUUGGAGAGAUGAAUCUGAAGCCAGAGGAUGUGUUCCUGGCACAAGGCACGCUCAGACCAGACCUUAUUGAGAGCGCCUCUCACCUUGCUAGCGGGAAGGCAGAAGUUAUCAAAACACACCACAACGACACCGAGCUUAUCCGCAAACUCCGAGAUGAGGGAAAAGUAAUUGAACCGCUGAAAGAUUUCCAUAAAGAUGAAGUGAGAGCUCUAGGUCGAGAGCUAGGGCUUCCUGAAGAGAUCAUCUCUCGACACCCCUUUCCUGGUCCAGGCCUGGCCAUUAGAGUGAUCUGUGCUGAUGAGCCUUAUAACAGUAAAGACUCUGCUGAAACAAGUAAUAUCCUGAAAAUCAUCACAGACUUCUCUGCCAGUGUCAAAAAGCCACAUACCCUUCUUCAGAGAGUGAAGUCCUGCAUAUCAGAUGAGGAGGAAGAUAAACUGAUGCAGAUCACCAGCCUUCAUUCACUAAAUGCCUUUCUGCUGCCAAUCAAAACUGUUGGUGUCCAGGGUGACUCUCGGUCAUACAGUUAUGUUUGUGGUGUGAGCAGUAAAGAGGCUCCUCACUGGGAUUCAUUGAUGUUCCUGGCCAGACUCAUUCCUCGAAUCUGCCACUCCAUCAACAGAGUUGUUUACGUCUUUGGGUCAUAUGUGAAGGAGCCGCCUACUGACAUCACACCCACCUUCCUGACCACUGGUGUACUGAGCACACUAAGACAGGCAGACUUUGUAGCACACACCAUUUUGAGGGAGUCUGGCUACUCGAGUAAGAUCAGUCAGAUGCCAAUCAUCCUCACCCCAAUGCACUUUGAUCGUGACCCGCUGCAGAAGCAGCCAUCCUGCAGACGAUCUGUCAUCAUCAGAACCUUCAUCACCAGUGACUUCAUGACCGGUAUUGCUGCAACUCCAGACAUCCAAAUCCCUGAAGAGGUGGUUCUAAAAAUGGUCAACGAAAUCAAGAAAAUCCCAGGCAUCUCAAGGGUGAUGUAUGACCUGACAUCCAAACCACCAGGAACCACUGAGUGGGAGUAGAGAGGACUAUUCAACCUUCUGACUUCUUGUCGCCACCUCUUCUACCUCCCCCUUACCCAGUACUGCUACAUUCCCCUCCAACCCCAUUUUAUCCGCUCCUGCGACCCCCCCCUUUAGGCACGCUGCCCUGUCAUUGUCCCACUAAGACCGGAACAUUCCCUACAAUGGCAGGCUGUACUGUGAUUGCCACAAAUUUUUCUCCACUACUUCAGUUCCGCCUCAUUUUCUAGGGUUGGUUGUAAUAUUAGUAUUACUAUUAUUAUUGUUCUUAUCCUCAUUGAUGACACAUUGAUUUUUUUUUUUUCAGCUCUCUGUGUUUAAUGCAUUGUGACGGGUCACUCCAUAAUCUAUAUUGUAGCCACCGAAGGUCUAAGGUCAUAUUAGGGCAGUUAACUGUCCAAGCGCAGCAUGACACACACGCAACUUUUUUAUCGAAUUUGAUUCUGCAUUAAGGAUGAAGUUCAAUGUCUUGUUGCUUUUUGCCUUCUUUUAGCUUGCUUUUACUAAACCGGAUCGUGCAGUGUUGAUUUUUGGUUUUGAUUUCUUACCUGAUCUCUUCUACAGAAGUGGCAGGGGAAGAAUAGCAGUAGUAGCGCACACACCCAUUGAAACGUGACCAAUCAAUGUUUUCAACUUUAUUUGCCAAGUACAGAUAAGUUCAGACAGUAAGAUCAGAGGGCUUUGUUUUUGGAUUGCCGCUAACGCUGUGGAAGGCACUGUUAUAACACAGAGGUUUUUGCUGUGAAGGAGACUCCAAACGUAGGAGGCCUCCUGGAACUUGUGCCUGUUUUAUCUUUAUAUUUUUGGUUAUUUUGUUUUUCAGGGAUGUGAAACUUUAUUUUAUGCUGCAUUGUUUUUAAUUUUUCAAGAAAAGGAUUAUUGACGUUUGAAUAGUGACAUGUCAGAAAAAGAAGAAAAAAAAAUUACUUAUGUCUGCAUUUUACACCAAUAUUAUGAGUUUGCCUGGGCUGGUCUUGUAUACGAGUGAGAUCAGCAGUGUUCUUAUUUUCACCAAUAAAGGCCUUGGUAUUUUCUUGUGCUAGGUAGAGCAAUAGUGUUUCCAAAGGCAAAAGAAAAGAGAUUAUUACAGAGGAAUAAGGAAUAGGAGAUUGAUGGGACUCUUUACCUGUGGGGCAACACCCAUAUAGGUCUUUUCCCUUUGAGUCAGUUUGAGCUUAACAGAAUUUGGACCAUGAGUUUGUGUCAAUGUAGGAGUCCUGUGGGUUUGGCCUCGUUAAUAUUCCACUCCUUUAAUUGAAGCGUGUUCUUAUAUACAAUACAUAGAGAAAGGGGAUCAUUUGGGCACUAAUGGAGAUCUAUGUCCAGCCCUCUGUCUAAUUUAUGAUGUAGAGAAUUGUUGUGAUAUAAAUAACAUGCUUGGUAUUUAUUGUCUUUAAACCCUCUGUUGUCACAAUGGCAAAAAAUGAAAUGCAAGAUGAACAACCUCUUUGUCUUAAUUGCAAACCUUGUUCUUAAUGUAUUUUUUCUCAGUGUCACCUUUAUCAUAUGUAUAUUUUACUUGUCUAUUAAAAUACAAAUAAACUGCAAUAUUAAAUGAUAUUCAGUUUCAUUUAUGCAAAUCUGUUGAUUUUUCUGCCCCCAUUUUUGUGUAAAAAGGCUGUUUUAGUAUUGUGCCUCAGACCAAGCCAACGCAUGCAGUUUGAAACCAAUAUUUGUAUAAUGCAAACUGAGCUUUAAUAAAGGACUCCCAUGUUCAGAUU